UAACACCCUGCUUGAUUGGACUUGUCUUUGUUAUUUUGAAAGGCUUAUUUCAGAAGGCUUGUAACAGUUCUUUACUCUUUCUUGCGGUUCACUUGCAGGUUGUGAGAGAUCUCAGGCCAUACCCUCGUCUAGGACAGGUAUUGUGCAGUGAAAAGAUGUGGUAUUUUCAGUUGGUGUGUGUUUGCCUGUUGGCUGCCUUUUCGCACUCAAUGGAAAUCGUCGAUAAAGAGGGGAAUCGGGUUGUAAGUCUAGGAUGCUACAGAGAUAUCGAGAAAUCUCGAGCCAUGGGCAUUGAACCUUAUUUCAACGCACGAGAAAAAAUCAUUUGGAAAACUUGGCCUGACCUAUCUUACAUCGUGAAGAUCUGCAUGGAGGAAGCUCUUGCACGGAAUAUUACCAUUUUUGGAAUACAGAACUACGGAGAGUGCUGGGGAAGCGCCGACUCUGCGCCAGAUUCUUAUAGCAAGUAUGGGGCGUCCGGGGAAUGCAUCAAUGGAGUCGGACAAGACUUUACUAACCAGGUGUACAGCAUUGUCCCGGCGUCCUGUGAACUUGGUGGGAAGAAGUACCCGGACAAGAGCCAAUUCUACGUGCCUCAGAAUCCAGUGAAUCAGAGACAUCCAGGCUGUGACGUCUGCACGUGCAAGAGAGGCAGGAGUGAUUGUAAACAAAUCCACUGCGAUUUGUUUUUCCCGUGUGAUAACUUAUUGCCGGCUUCUCCAAAUGAAUGCUGUCCGAAAUGCGAGUGCUCGCAUCGCGGCCAGAAGUACGCGAACGGAAAAUCAUGGACUAACAAACCGAACGAAGACACGUGCUUCCAGUGCCGAUGUAUUAAAGGUUUUGCCCAGUGCACUCGCACAGAGUGUUCUCGUGAUUGCCCCAACCCGGAGCCCAUUCCAGGACAGUGCUGUCCCAUUUGCAGACCUGGUGCCCCGACAACUCGACCCUGGGAGAUCCUCCCGCCCACAAAACGACCCCACCCAACAUGGCCCAUGUGGGGUAAGAGGAGCUACAAAAGCGCCAAGAAACGACGUGCAACUAAACAGUAGAUUGGCGAAAGACUUGCAUGAUUUUAAUGGAUUUAUUUGCCAUUCAUAGAGCCAGACUUUAUAAUAAAGGUCUAAUAGGAAAUUUUUGAACCACCAACACUUGCGUAAUAUAUAAUCCAAACUCCCCAUAGUUGGUGGAAUACUCGACUCGAGUAUUUAAUGUCGGUCUUCCUGUGGUGGAGGCAAAGUUAGCUUCGGUGUGGUCGUUUCGCUAAUUGUAAUUGUAACCGGAGCUGAAAAAAGCAAACAAAUAAAACAUCUGUAGACAAUAAAACAUUCAAGGGUACUAUAUAUCAA